GGGCUGCCGCAGAGGCGGCACCGGCACCCACACCAGCACCCGCACCAGCACCGGCACCAGCUUCGCUGCGGUUCUUACCCACCGCUUCCUUCCCCAAGGGUGGGGGGGUCCCCCGGCCGGGCAGACCAGGCUUCCCCCACCGCGAAGGGAUAGCAGGGCGUCGUGGGGCGAAGCGUUAAGCAUGACGGAGAACCCGGCCCCGGUUGCGGUGGUCAAACCGAAGCGGGCCAGGGUGGCACGACGGCCGGCGGCCCACCCCACCUAUUCGGACAUGAUCACGGCGGCCAUCCGCGCCGAGAAAAGCCGCGGCGGGUCCUCCCGGCAGUCCAUCCAGAAGUACGUGAAGAGUCACUACAAGGUGGGCCAGCACGCCGAUGUCCAGAUCAAGCUCGCCAUUCGGCGCCUGCUCGCCGCCGGCGUCCUCAAACAGACCAAAGGGGUCGGCGCCUCUGGUUCCUUUCGCCUGGCCAAGGCUGACAAGGCGAAGAAGUCCCCGGCCAGGAAGAGGAAGAAGGUGGCCAGGAAAUCCACGUCGCCCCGGAAAGUGGCUAGACCCAGGAAAGCCAAGUCGCCGGCAAAGAAGCCCAAAUCUGCUGCCAGGAAAGCCAGGAAGAAGUCGAGGUCCAGCCCGAAGAAAGCCAAGAAGCCAAAGACUGUUAAGGCCAAGUCGCUGAAGGCGGCCAAGCCCAAGAAGGCAAAGCGGUCGAAACCCAAAGCCAAGUCCAGCGCCCGGAAAUCACCCAAGAAGAAGUGAGAAGGCUAGAGGCAUUUCGGUACUCUCCCCGUUGGUUUCUGUAAAUAGCUUUUUGCCUUUAUUUUUACUCCUUUCUAUUGCAUUUUAUAAAGAAUUGAUCGAUUCCUGUCUGGAAAUAGCUAAAACAAGGCAGUUAAUGAAAGAAAAAAGGAACUUAUUUGAUAUGGAGAGUUCCCAUUUUUAAGA